AUGACAGAGGCGACUUCGACCUCGACCUCGACCUCGAAGCCAGCGACAGCUUUCAGUCUUGGUGAACCAAUCUCAUCGUCAUCUUUAGCUUCUUCUUCUUCAACUUCCGCAUCCACCUCGACUUCCACAUCCGCACCUGCACCUGCUUCUUCGUCACACAAUACCUUACUCACUAAUGAUUCACCUUCGAGAGGUGAGUCACUCACACCUCGACAUGGACCACUAGCCCCCAAUGCCUUCGAGCUAUCAGAAGAUGAAGAGCCGACUCCUGUCUUGGGCGAUAUACCUAAUCACCCUUCAAGAGCAGAAACGUUAAGGAGACGUAGUUUAGCUAAAAGAGGUAUAGGAAUUGAUGAAUCAAAAGGGAUCAAAUUAAGCAAUGGCCAUAAGGUCCACAAGGCAGACGGAAUGCUGGAGCAAGAGGAAGAAGCGGAUGAUGCAGAUGCAGAAGAAGUCGAAGACGAUGAUCAUGAGGAGAAUCACCUGGAUUCAUAUGAUGAUAACGAAAAGAAGCAGAUUGGGAAAGAGAAUGACUGGGAACAAGAGAAUGAGAAUGAACAUGUCAAUGGACAUGAGAACAAGACUGGACAUAGGAGAAAAAGUUCUUUGAGUGCGGCAAGGGAAAGAAUGAGAGCUAAGAUGAAGUCCCCUCUGGUACCCAAUAUUAAAUUGGAUGAGUUGAGGGAUACGCUGGAGAUUGGAAUCGAGAAGAAAUUCGCGCCCCUGAGUAUACCACCUCAUAGAAGACUUCAAACUGCCGCAGUAUUGUUAUGGGCUUUACUCACGCCUUUAUCUGUCAUCGUGUUUCUCCUCUGCGCAUCGUGUAUUGCACUCUGGCCAAUCCUCAUCCCAUAUCUCAUUUGGAUUCAGUUCGACACUGCUCCACAAUGGGGAGGAAGACCAAAGGAAUGGGCGAGGAGAUCUUUCAUAUGGAAAUACUACGCUCAAUAUUAUCCUUGCAGCAUUGUAAAGGAAGCGGAUCUUCCACCAGAUAGACCUUAUCUCUUUGGAUAUCAUCCACACGGUAUCAUCGGGAUGGGAGCUUUCGCAACGUUCGCAACAGAAGGCACUAAUUUUUCAGAGUAUUUUCCGGGGAUCAAACCGCAUCUCUUGACACUAGAUUCAAAUUUCAAAAUUCCAUUUUAUCGGGAUCUCAUGAUGAUCCACGGCAUAUGUUCUGUUUCCAAAAGGGCCUGUGCAAACGUACUUUCUAUGGGUCCAGGAUCAGCUAUCACCAUUGUCGUAGGGGGAGCCACGGAAUCACUUUCCGCUCAUCCUGGAACAGCUGAUCUGACUUUGAAAAGGAGAUUUGGGUUCAUCAAAAUGGCUAUAAGGGAAGGAGCGGAUUUAGUGCCCGUUUUCAGUUUUGGAGAGAACGACAUCUAUGAGCAAUUAGCGAACGAGAAGGGAUCUUGGGUCUAUGCACUGCAGAAGAACUUUCAGAAAAUGUUCGGCUUCACCUUACCUUUGUUCUAUGGAAGGGGAGUAUUCAACUACAAUUACGGUUUAAUGCCUUUCCGCCAUCCGAUCGUGUCUGUUGUCGGUAAACCGAUACACGUUAAAAGAGACCCACAUCCGUCAAAUGAGGCUAUACAAGAAACACAGCAGCUAUACAUCGAAGAAUUGAUGAGGAUCUGGGAUAAAUAUAAAGACCUCUACGCUCGUGGAAGGACUAAAGAGUUGACUCUGGUUGAAUAA